CUGCGAGUGCGAACGUUUCUGCUUCAACUCGUGUUAUCUGCGCGGUGGGUUGUGGGUGUGUGAGCGUCGAAGUAAAAUGGCGGACUUGGCAAACGAAGACAAGCCUGCCAUUGCGCCACCUGUGUUUGUUUUCCAAAAAGAUAAAGCACAGAAGCGAUCUGCGGAGGGCUCAAGUGCAGAGGAUGGGGAAGAUUCAGAUAAAGAUGAGGGAGGCUAUUGCCCCCCUGUGAAAAGGGAAAGGACGUCAUCGUUCCCACCCCCACAUUCUGUUCCCAAGAACAAUGUAUUCAUGCCCUCAAGUUUCUGCCAGUCUCCGACUGGGAACUCUGACUCUGAGCCAGAGGAGAAGCCCAUGGGAUUCCGUUUAAAGCCACCAACUCUCAUACAUGGACAGGCACCAAGUUCAGGCGUCCCAAGUCAGAAACCCAAGGAGCAGCAACGCAGUGUCCUCCGCCCUGCAGUUCUUCAGGCACCGCCCUCUAAAUCACAUAUAGAGUCCAAUUCCAUUUGUGGAACUAAUGGUGUGAAAAAGUCGUCAGAUGGAGAAGCUGUGACACCGUCACUCUUCUUGAACAACACAGAGCACUCAGCCUCCGCCAGGUCACAGAAACAUGAAAAUGAGGAGGAUGGAGCAAGUGGUAACAAAGACGAGAAGGAGACGGAUGUAGCAAUAUCUUUUGUGUUCGGUCAGAAUAUCAAAGACAGAGCAAAGUUGGAAGAGAACAGUAAAGAAGGCAAGUCAAAGGAUGGCCUGCCACUGGACUCUCAAUCAGAGGGCACUAAUUAUUUCUUACAGUACAUCUCUACUCCAAGUUCAAAAAACCCCGCCAACAGUACAGACGAUGGGGCAAAAUUUGUUUUUGGGCAGAACAUGUCUGAGCGAGUUCUGAGUCCCCCAAAGGGCGAGUCCUUAGUCGAGGAAAACAAAGAAGUUUCAGCAGCCCCCGCUGCAGAGCCCCCGUCACAGGAAGCCACCCCGGAGAAGGUCAACAGCGUGUCCGAGUCUUUGGAGGAGUCUGCAGCCGCGUACACCAAAGCCACAGCCAAGAAGUGCAUCCUAGAGAAAGUCGACGUCAAAACCGGAGAGGAAUCAGAAAGCAACGUUUUACAGAUGCAGUGCAAGUUAUAUGUUUUUGAGAAGACCGCUCAGUCGUGGAUAGAACGAGGUCGAGGUUUGCUGAGGCUCAACGACAUGGCAUCAACAGAGGACGGCACGCUACAGUCUCGUCUAGUGAUGCGGACCCAGGGCAGCCUACGGUUGAUCCUCAACACUAAACUUUGGCCUCAGAUGCAGGUGGACAAAGCUAGCGAGAAGAGUGUACGAAUCACUGCCAUGGACACAGAGGACCAGGGGGUCAAGGUCUUCCUAAUAUCGGCUAGCUCUAAGGACAUAGGUCAGCUGGCUGCAGCGUUACAUCACCGUAUCUUAGCCCUGAAGAGCAAGGCGGACCAGGAGCCCGAGGCGCCGACAACGACCAUCCCCGAGGCCGGGUUACCACAGUCCAACGAGGACGACAGCGACGAGGAAGACGACGCCUCCGCCUCAGCUUCCGCCUCCACUCCGGCUACGAGUAAUUCAGAGGGAGGAGAGGGCCAGGCUGCAGGAAGCACAUAGCGUCACUCUCGGACAGCCUGCUAACAUGCUGCCGUUGAGGCAUUUUGCUGUGGGCAUCUCCAUGGACACCCCUUGACCAACAUGGGUCCUCCAGACCAGUACUUUUGGAUAUUAGAAGUCUAGCUCCAGGAAAUAACCCCUCGUGCCGGAGUGUCUCACCCAACCUGUGCAGUUCAUCUUCUCUGCAUUCAACGUAAUAUCUGGAGUCCUUUCUUCCCUCCCGCUCCUGUUUUGUGUUUUAUUUUUGUUCUCGAGUAUUUUUUUUUUCCUCUCCCCGAUAGCAAAAAUAAAGACUUCAAAGCUUU